AUGAAGUAUCACUGUGUCAGAGCAAAGGAUGAGACCACGCAGCGGGAGACACACGAGGACCUGCUGGUGCCACAGACUCGGCCAUGUUUUCUCCCCACAGUGCUCACACACCCGGCUCUCUGGACUGAUGCGAACCAGCAAUCGAGUGUGUCAUCACUACAAGACGAAGCAACCAAAGAAAUGGGGGUUUGGGACCUUGGUGGUUCGGGGUUUGGGGUUGAGGUCAUCGGAAAAUGA